AUGUUCGAGUUUGGCGAAGAUGGAGUUGUGAAGCAAUCGACAAAAAAGGGAAGAGUGCAAGGAGCCAGCGUGAGAGGUCGACUGCUCUGUGGGACAACACCAAUGAAAGGAGUCAAGGUGAAAAUCGUGGACAUUGAUCCGAGUUAGUUUUUAUUCGGUUGUUGGUUUCUUGAGGCAAAGCAAGCCGGUUCACAGACGCAGCUGAGACAUUAAAAUCGCUGGUUGCGGGCGACUGUAGAAAAUGGGAGAAAACGGUCAAAACAACUUUUUGUCGUUUCUUUGCUAAUUCUUGAUUUUCUGAAAGCAUUCACGAAAAAUAGAAAUUUUUGGUCUCAAAAUUUCGGCCUCUGCAAACCGCGAGCUAAAAAUUGCCGUAGAAAAUUCUGAGCUCGUUUCUACAAUCUUUAUUCAGAUUUUAGUGAUCGUUGUACGUUAAGAAAUUUUCCGGUAAAAUUUAAUUUUACGUUCAUUGUUUCCAGGACCGGAUCUGGACGAUUUACUCGGUGACGUUCUUACCGACGACGAUGGCUAUUUCCACGUGAGUGGAGCGACGCGAGAAGACACUAAUAUCGAAGUUAUGAUCAAGGUCUACCACGACUGUGACGAUCCUUUGCCUUGCCAACGAAAAGUUGUCUGGAAGGUGCCCCCAAAAUAUUACAACAACGGAACGUUCACUGAGUGGUUCGAUGUCGGCACAAUUAAUAUGGAAAUGAAAUUUGUGGGAGAGGAGAGAGACUGCAGACAUUGA